UCUGACCGUACGUGGGAGUCGAGUCAGGCCUGAUCAGGUUGGCUAGGCCAUAGAUACUAGAGCGGGGGAAAGGGAUUGGCAACGCCCGCUUACUUCGAGAUCAUGCGCUGACGUCAUGACGGCAUAUAUGGCGGCUGUCCCUUGCAAUGAUUCUGAGGUCCUACGCGACGCUGUGGCAGUUGUGUUGACUAAGGUAGACGAUUCCCUGAGUGAAAGAAGUAGGAGUGUUUCAGUUUUAGCAGAAUCGCUACUUGUCUGGAGUGCUCAGAACAGGCAAGCGUUCGAGAGCUUCGCUAAGUCACUGUUGCGGUUGCUUCUUCCAUGUUUGAAGGACGUGGGAAAGAAGCCCAGCAGAUCGUGGGAGGAGAGAAUUUGGCGCAACUUCCAUGCGGUUCGUGUCUCCAGUCACUUGACGACACUGUGGAAGUCGCAACCAACUGAGGUGUGUUCUGGUGAUUCGAUGCUUUGUCAAAUGUUGGUCACUGCUAUCAUGGAGCACCUCAUAAAAGUCCAUUACCCUGUUGAGGUUACGUCGUUGACUCAUCAGUCUGAGCAAUUGGCCACGUCAACAGAGGAGCAAAAGGUGAUACGAUACAUGGCAGGUUACAUUCCCGUGUCACUAAGAAAGAAGCUAGAACGAUCUUCCCAUCACCAAAAAGAGGAAUUUAUUCUGUGCCUCUGGGGGAUGUGUGAGGAUGAGACAGAUUGUGAAGAUUUCCUUGCCUACAAUAGACACUGGGUGGAUCGAGUAAACCGUGGAGGUCUGUUUAUAGUCAGUGAUCUGUCCUAUCUCCCGUUUGAGCAGCUUGAACUCAAUGUUCGUAAGCUAUACAAUUUUGUCAGCGCUUGACACUUCAUCCUCAUUAUGUUCCCGUGAUGAAGUCAGAGAGGCAGUUGUGGGAUCAGAUGACGUUCAGUUCUAUUGGUCCCAGUUGUCUUCAGAUCUUGAUGAUGAUGGUAGUCAUCAGCUACUUAGAAUGAUUGUAGACUUAUGGAUUACAAUACGUGGAUUUUCAUUCGUGAGAUCAUUUAUGGAACAGUACAAACAAGCUCAUGCAGUAGGUACUUCUAAAGCUAAGCCUCUUCGUAAAACUUUGAAAUCUUAGGUACUUUGUUGCUGAAAUCUCACAGUGCCCUUAGAACAAUGCUUU